CUUGCUUUUUACUUAUACGUCCGGGCUCCUCCUUUGCCUGUUGUUGUGUUCGGUCGCGCUGCGGAAAUGGCGGCUGGUCUGCCUGUUACUAUCAGUAUCGAGGCGGCCUGUGAGAAUCAGGUUCAGGAGGUGGCUCUGGAUGGGACUGAGGCCUAUGUUCAACCGUUGUCCAUGUCCGAGAAUUUGGCCAAGUUGGCUCAGAAGAUCGACUUCAACCGCAGCGACUCGGAAGGAGAGGAGCAGGAGGCGGGGUCUGGGGAGGAGUGGGCGCAACGGCAGCAGGACAGCGACGACGAGGAAGGUGAAUACGGACUGCGAGAAUGGCAGGCUGUCCGCCAGCUUUCUCUCGAUACUAAAGUUCCAGCCCUCCUUGUGGCCUUGGGAUACCGUUAGGAAUAACCUGAGAAGCACACUGACAGAGAUGUGUGUACUUUAUGAUGUACUUAAUGUCCUCAAGGAAAAGAAAUACAUGGCCUUGGACCCUGUCUCUCAGGACCCACCCCCAUCAAAACAGGGUUUGCAACUGUGUGGGAAAAAGAAAUCUCUAGCAGGAGCUGCUCAAAUCCUCUUGAAAGGAGCAGAAAGAUUAAAUAAAUCUGUAGCUGAAAAUCAAGAGCAAAAACGUCAAAGAGACUUCAAUUCAGAGCUGCUCAGAGUACGACAGCACUGGAAACUGAGGAAAGUGGGCGACAAGAUCCUUGGAGACUUGAGCUAUAGAAGUGCAGGCUCCCUCUUUCCUCACCAUGGCACAUUUGAAGUACUAAAGAAUACAGAUCUGGAUCCAGAUAAGAAAAUUCCAGAUGAUUAUUGUCCCCUUGAUAUAUUGAUUCCUAGUGAUCUGGAGGGAUCGGCAUAUAUUAAGGUUUCUAUUCAGAAGCAGGCUCAUGACAUCGGAGAUCUUGGGACAGUCAACCUGUUUAGACGACCUAUACAAAAACCCAAUUCAGGUACAGCACACUGGCAGACAAAGCUAGAAGCUGCACAGAAUGUUCUUUUGUGUAAAGAAAUCUUUGCACAGUUGUCACGUGAAGCAGUACAGAUUAAAUCACAGAUACCUCACAUUGUGGUGAAAAAUCAGAUCAUCUCUCAACCAUUUCCAGGUUUGCAGUUAUCGAUUUCUUUGUGCCACUUCGUGAAUGAUAAAAAAGCACAGAAGAUAUCUGCUGAGAAGCAAAGGUCUGACGACCAUCUAUAUGUGCUGGAACAUAAUCUUCACCAAUUAAUUAGAGAGUUCCAUAAACAAACUUUGAAUUCUUCAGCAAUGCCUCACCCAGCAACCGCACCUUUUGGGCUGAAAAGAAUGAGGUUAGCAGGACCUCAGGCAUAUGACAAAGGCGAGAUCAGUGCUUUACAGCAGAAUGAAGGGUUACUGGAGAAGAUAAUCAAGCAGGCUAAACAUAUCUUUUUGAGACGUAGAACUGCCUGGACAAUUGACAGCUUGGCAAGUCGUAUUGAGGACCCACAGAUACAAGCUCAUUGGUCAAACAUUAAUGAUGUGUAUGAAUCUAGUGUCAAAGUCUUAAUAACCUCUCAAGGCUAUGAGCAGAUUUGCAAAUCAAUUCAGCUACAGUUGAACAUUGGCGUUGAACAGAUUAAGGUGGUGCAUAGAGAUGGGCGAGUAAUUACACUUUCCCACCAGGAACAGGAAUUGCAAGACUUCCUGCUAUCCCAGAUGUCGCAGCAUCAGGUACAUGCAGUGCAGCAGUUGGCCAAAGUAAUGGGUUGGCAUCUGUUAAGCUUUAGCAACCAUGUGGGCCUAGGUCCAGUGGAGAGCAUUGGAAAUGCUUCAGCAGUAACUGUGGCUUCACCCAAUGGCGAGUAUUCAAUAUCAGUACGAAACGGACCUGAAAGUGGUUGUAAAGUGGUGGUCCAGUUUCCAAGAAGUCAGUGCAAAGACCUUCCCAAGAGUGACGUGAUGCAAGACAACAAAUGGAAUCACCUUCGUGGGCCACACAAAGAAGUACUGUGGAAUAAGAUGGAAGGACGUAACUUUGUUUAUAAAAUGGAACUCUUAAUGGCAGCUCUUGCUCCUUGCCCAUAAUUGGCUUUUAUAUGAAUCAGCACCCUUUUGCAUAUAAAAGAACUUGCUCCAGACAAUUCACUGAAUGCUGAGUGAUAGAUAUAAAUUAAAACUUAGAAAAGACAUUUGGUACAGUAAACAAAAUGCUUUUAUCAAGAAAUACAAAUAGUAAAUUUUUUGAUAGUUUUACUAAUAUUGUCCAUAACUGGCAAUUAAAUGCUAACUUACUGUGAUAUAAUUUACAAUUUUUUACUUUUGCAUGAAAGUUUCUUAUUGUCUAUAAAUAAAAUGCCUCAAUUAUAGUUUCUCAUGUUAAUUCAAAAAUAUCCUGAAUCAGUGCCUGGAGACUAAAGUAUUUAAUAAAUAUCUCCACGGUGGCUUAGUGGUUGGCACUGCAGCCUCACAGCUCCAGGGACCCAGGUUUGGUUCCAGCCUUGGGCAACUGCCUGUGUGGAGUUUGCACAUUCUCCCAAUGUCUGCGUGGGUUUCCUCCAGGUGCUCCAGUUUCCUCGCACAGCCCAAAGAUGUGCACGCUGGUGGAUUGGCCAUGCUAAAUUGCCCGUAGUGUGCAGGGGUGUGUGGGUUAUAGGGGGAUGGGUCUGGUUGGGAUGCUUCAAGGGGCAGUGUGGACUUUUUGGGCGGAAGGGCCUGUUUCUACGCUGUAGGGAAUCUAAAAUCUAAUCUAAUCUAAUCAUGACAACAGUAUUCAAUAUACCAGUUAUCAGGGAAAGUCAAACUUCAAUUUUUUUUCAAUUAGGGAAUUCUUGAAAUUCAAUGUUGUCACACAGGGAGGUUGUGUUGAUGUUGUGAAUAGGUGCUAAACAAGUCCUGUGGCUAAAUUCAGACUCUGAAAUGGGAUGCCUCUACCAAGAAGAUUAAAGAGCUUGGGCAAAGUGCU